GCGCUUAGCCCGGCGGGGGCGGGGGGAGGGGCGGCGCCCGCCGCUGACUUCCUCCCGGCUUCCUGGCAGGCGGGCGCAGCGCAUAAAAAGCCAAGCGGGAGCGCACCGGCACCGAGCCCAGACACGGCCGUCCCGAGAGCCGAGAUGGAGCUGUGGUCCCUCCUGUCCUUGGCCUGCCUGGCCCUUUCGCGUGCCGCGCCCGCCCCUUCUGGCCACCAGGUGGCCCGGAUGGCCCAGCUCUCCGCGGACUUCGGCCUCCGGGUGUUUCGGGAAGCGUCCAAGGCCUCCAAAGACCAGAACCUGGCUUUCUCCCCCCACGGCGUGGCUUCCGUGGUGGCCAUGCUCCAGGUGGCCUCGGAGGGAAACACCCGGCGCCAGAUCAAGGAUGCCAUGAGGUUCAGCCUGAAAGAAUGGGGCAUCCCACGAGCCCUACGACUGCUGCAGAAGACCCUGAGCGACCCCCGGAGCAAAGACAUGGUGGAGAUGGCAGACGCCCUUUUUGUGCAGCGCGAUCUGCCACUGGUGCCCACCUUCAUGCUGCGCUUCCAACGUAUUUUUCACCAGAUGGUCAAGCAGGUGGACUUCUCAGAGACUGCCCGCGCGCGUGACAUUGUCAAUGCCUGGGUAAAGCAGCACACCAAUGGGAUGAUCCAGGGUUUCCUGCAGGAGGGCGCCCUGGGUGCCAUGACACGCCUGGUGCUGGUGAACGCCAUCCACUUCAAAGGCCUCUGGCGACUUCCCUUCCCGGAGGCCGCCACUCGCCAGCGCAUCUUCCACAAGCUGGACGGUAGCACCGUUGCGGUCCCCAUGAUGGAGCAAACGGCCGAAUUCCACUAUGGCGAGUUCUCCCUCCCGGAGCAGGGGAGCUAUGAUGUCAUCGAACUGCCCUACCAGGGGGAGACGCUGAGCCUGCUCAUCGCCACCCCUUUCCAGCUGAACGCCCCCCUCUCGGCCCUGGCGGCUGCCAUCGACACCCGGCUCAUUGCGGAGUGGAAGGGCAACAUGUCCGCCGUGACACGGCUCCUCGUCUUACCCAAGUUCUCUCUGGAGAGCGAAGUUGACCUCCGCGGGCCGCUGGAAGCCCUGGGCAUGACGGACAUGUUUGACUGCCAGAAGGCCAACUUCAGCCGCCUCUCAGUGCGGGAUGCCCUCUUUGUGUCUCAGGCGCUUCAGAAAGUGAAGAUGGACGUGAAUGAGAGUGGUACCAAGGCUGCUUCUGCCACAGCUGCCGUCGUCUAUGCCCGGAUGGCGCCCUUGGAGAUCGUGCUGGACCGGCCUUUCCUCUUUGUUGUGCGGCACAACCCAACCGGCAGCGUCCUCUUCACAGGGCAGGUGAUGGAGCCCUGAGCGCCCCUGCCCUGCUGGCGCCCGACAUCCCUUUGAAGCGAAGGAGGGCCUUUCUUUGCCUGCCCAGGGAGGCUCCACGCCAGCAGGAUGAUUCCCCCACCACCCUCUUCGUGGAAGCCGCUUCUGCUGGGCCGUCUCCCUCACCUGCCCCGCCGCUCUUGGCAUCCAGGGCACCAGCGCGAGAACCGGGCACCCAGCGAGUCGCCACGGGCAGACGAAGGUCCAGGCAGGAGGAGGCCCCGAGGCGCAGGGGAGCUCUGCCAGCCGCUGUCCUGGGGAGAGGAGGAUGCCAGCCUCGCCCGGGCACGGCCGUUCACGGUCCCUCCUCCUCCUCCUCUUCCGGAACAAGAGCCGUCUGGACUGCAGCACUUUGGGACUAAAAAGAAAGACUUAAUAUAUGCAGAUAUUUUGUUUUAUUUUUGCACAUAAAAAUACACCGCGAUGGGCAACCGA